AAUCAGACUGUGGGUUCUGGAGUUGGUGCAUUUGGUUUCUUGUGCAAGUUGUGAUCUUCUACGCAACUAGGAUCAUUUCCUGGGAGUUUUACUGUUUUACUUCCUUGCCAAAACUGCAAGAACAUACCAAUUUUUUCUUGAUGGCCAAAUUCUCAAUGAAACUUUCCCAAGUGGCAGUUUUGUGUUGAACUUUUUGGGAAAAGUGAAUGAUGUUUUCUAAAGGGUGAUGCCUUUGGUCAGAACGGACUCAUAAGAUGUCUUCUAACUUGAUGGUGGUGCAAUCAGAUCCGAGGGACGCUGGAUCUCAGCGCUGCCGUCUCGGACCAGAACUCAUGACAAAACUCAGUCUCAAUAUGGGCGAUCACGUCAAGCUUUCCCUCGCACGUUCAGAACUGCUGUGCAAGGCGUGGCCUCGUCAGGACUUGGCAGAAGGGAUGCUUCAAGCAGAUCACUUCGUCUACAGAGACGUCAAUAAUAGAUAUGUAUCAGAAAAGUUUAUUGAAGAAAGCUGCGUGGAAAAAUUGGCAGUUGGGAAACUUUUGAAGGCUGACGUAGCAGUUGUUGUAGCUGGUGGUUUGAAAAAUGCUGUCGUGAAAGACAAGUCUUUACUUGAAAUGUACAUUGGUCAAAAGCUUCUGAAUGUUGCUGUUUUCAGAAACUGUACUGUAUCAUAUGCUGAUAGAUCUUCAAUUGACAAUAUUGCCUAUGUCUUAGUGAGGGAUGUCGAAUGUGCAGAAUGCAAACUGGAUGCUGGUUAUGUAACAAAGAAAACAGAAUUUAACGUUGUUGAAGUAAUACGACUGGAACAGUAUAACCAACGCCAGCAAUCGUCAAACAUCUCUCUGGGUGCGCUCCAACGCCAGGCCGCGGUACUGAAAGAAGCGGUCAGCCUCCCUCUGAUGUAUCCACAGACUUUUGACAAACUCUGCAUCAAUCGACCAAUGGGGAUCCUUCUUCUUGGCCCUCCAGGAGUAGGUAAAACCUCAUUGGUCAAGACAGUAGCAGCGGAAUGCCACGCCCACCUGGUGGCAUUGAACGGACCAGACGUGUUUGGGCCACACCCGGGAGAGAGUGAAGAGAACCUGAGGAGGGUUUUUCAAGAAGCUGUUACGAUAUCAGAGGAAGGGCCCUGUGUCCUGUUUAUAGAUGAGUUGGAUGCUUUGUGUCCCAAACGUGGAGGUUCAGGAAAAAGUCAGGAGAAUAGGAUGGUUGCCCAGAUGCUGACCCUGAUGGAUGGACAGGCAGGCCGCGGCAGGCUGGUCGUGGUGGCCGCCACUAACCGCCCCAACGCCAUCGACCCCGCCCUCAGGAGACCCGGCAGGUUCGACAAAGAGGUGCACGUAGGUGUACCCAAUCAGCAGGAGCGUGAGGAGAUCCUCAGGGUGGUGAGCAGGGACAUGUCCCUGGCAGAGGACGUUGACCUCAACAGGCUGGCAGAGAUGACACCAGGCUAUACAGGUGCAGACCUGACAGCUGUUUGCCACCUGGCAGCUUACAGCUUACUGAGCAGGGCCCAGACACAGGACAAAAUACCGACACAGAUCAGUAUGGAGGCUCUUCGCAAGGCUCUGGCCGAGAUCCGACCUUCAGCGCUGAGAGGCUUUGACGGGACCACAGAGGUCAGCCCUGUGGACUGGUCUGCCAUUGGUGGACUGGAAGAUGUCAAGGUCAAACUACAACAGGCAGUGGUGUGGCCCCUCCUACACACGGAAGCCUUUAGUAGACUGGGACUGCCUCGUCCUAAAGGCGUGCUCCUGUACGGACCUCCAGGCUGCUGUAAGACGACGCUCGUACGGGCGGCGGCGGGAGCCUGUCACGCCACGUUCCUCGCUGUCAGCGGAGCCCAGGUGUACUCUCCAUUCUUGGGAGAGUCCGAGAAGACAAUAAGUCAGGUGUUCCAGCGGGCUCGAGCUGCCGCUCCAACCAUCAUCUUCCUGGACGAGAUUGACUCGCUUGUCAGGAAGCGUGGGGAGGGCGUACAAAGCGGAGUACAGGAGCGCGUGCUGUCCACCCUGCUGAACGAGAUGGACGGGAUCGGGGUAGAGAUCUCAAGGUCAGGCGGCUUGACAAAGGUCGCAGAGGGAUCAAGUUGUACCGAUCAGGUAGAGAAGAAGGCUGUUCCAGUAACAAACAACAACGUCCUGGUGGUGGCAGCGACCAACCGUCCGGACAUGCUGGACUCCGCCCUGCUGCGGCCAGGUCGUGUAGACAGGACCAUCUACGUGCCGCCUCCAGACCUGACAGCUAGAGCGGAGAUUCUGCAUGUCCACAGCAGGAAGAUGCCACUGUCACAGGAUGUGGACAUACAGGAGCUAGCACACAGGACCAACCUGUACUCUGGUGCAGACUUGGAGAACCUGUGUAGAGAGGCUGCCAUGCAGGCCCUACAGCAGGAGGGGUUGGAUACAGGGGUGGUGAAACAUACCCACUUCAUGGCAGCACUGCAGGACACUGCCCCCUCUCUCAAUGAAGAGGAACUGCAGCACUAUCAGACUCUCUUCUCCAAAUAGUGUCUGCCUUGGUCACAAAAUUUCUCAUUACAGUUUGUCAAUAUUGGUUUGUCAAUAUCAGAUCUAUUGUUAUAAUGAUGAUAAUGAUACUGGUUAUAAGAUUCAAUAUUGAGAAUGAUUUGUUGCUUCAAGGAGUUUAUAUUGGUUUCAGACAUCUUUUACUUUACAUUUUUUAAAUAUUACUUAUUAUUUAUUUUAAAAGUAAUUGUGUCAAAGUUUAUGUACAUGGAACAUUAAUGUAUGAUAGGGCUUUUCUUAAGACAUCAUCAAUUUCUUUUAAAAUUCCUCAUACAUGUAUUUCAUCAAUCAGACACCACACAGACUAGCCAUUUUGUGUGAAGAAAUACGUAACCAUUGUAACAGCAUUUGGAACUUCAUCACAAACAGUAUUCACCCUAGCAUGACCAUACAGCAAGGUAUAUCGGUUAUAUCAGAUCUCUGCCCCACACUUUUUGAUUUCAAAAGUAACUGUUAAGUGUCAUUAACGUUAUCAAUCAUUCCGCCAUACUGGCCACUUUUCCAAGACUAAAAGAUGAAGAAUGACCAUCUUGCAAUUUUUCCUCUUACUUAUGUUGUGAAUCCAUAAGUUUACAAGCUUAUAAAUGUUACAUUGUAACCAAUGCAGUCAUGAAUAAAAACACACUGG